AAAAACGUUCCACCAACUUUAAUUUUUGAGAACGUGGCGCAUGACGUGGCGUUAGCUUUAGUUCGGUCAACUCCUACAGUCAUCCGGGCAGCCGGGGUCAUUCGAUGUACUGUAAGUGGACAAGUCUCCUUCCUCCGAACUCUCUUAAAGGGACAGAGUUGCCUCAUCUAAGAACCUGGAAGUUAAGAUGGGUGUUAAAUAACUCCUAGAAAUACAUUUUAUUAUUAAGUGACUAUGAAACAAACUUCCUACUUUACCUCUCACCAACCCAGACAGUCUACCAUGCCUACACCAUUUGAUAGACUUGCUAUAAAGUCUAAGCACGCCACAUUAGCCUUCUCCGGGCUCGUCACAGCCGCUCUCGCAUGGUCCAUGUGGGGUGGAAAUCUCUUUCCCGCCCCAGCAGAUCCAACAGGAGAUCCUCAUGAAUGGACGCGGGAAGAAAUGAGAAGAUGGUUGGCAGCUCGCAACCUUUAUCCACACGAACUAGAUUCUCGAGAACAGCUACUCGAAAGAGUCAAGGCGAACAUGCGGUAGCAUAAAUUUAUGUUUCUCGCUCUAGUGGUCAUAUCGACAUACGACGGUAUACCUAUGUGGCUACAUAGGUUCGGUAGCGCCAACAGCUUGGCGAAAGACGGGAGGAAACGCCAGGCUUCACUAUUAGGUUAGGAUGUCCUAGAGGCCUUUGAUGGAUACAUGACGGCUAUAAUUAGGCUUGAGGAAUAUGAAUUUGAAACAUAAUGUACAAAGUACCUAAGCUAUAUGGCUUCCUUCAAGCUCCUUGGCAUAGUUAGACUCAAAAUGACGGCUUGCUGGGCAUUGAUUGCCUAAUUAGCUAUCCUUUAGAAAAUAUAGGAUGGAACUUGCAAG